CGCGCGCAGUCUAUACAUCCGACAUAUGUAAAACAUAUGAAGGAACGCACUAGAAAAAAAACAUGGUGACUGUUUAGUACGAACACAAAACAGAUUAUUUGUUCUUAUCUACUCUUGAUUUACAUUUAUACAAAAGUAUUGGCGACAAUAAUAUAUAGAGUCACCACUUUGGCAUAAAGUGAAUAAUAAUCGCAAAGUUUUAUUGGUAUAAAAAAAGUUAUUGUUUGAUUAAUAAAAAUGGAAAUAAAUUAUGUUGAAAAAAAACAUACAGUAACAUUUGAAUGGAAAAUAAAAGGCUUAACUUCACAUUUAAAAUCUAGAAGUAAUAAUGAAGAUAAAAAUAUAAAAUUUAAGUCUCCUUCAUUUUCAAUAAAAGCUGAUGUUAAAAAUUUAUGGGAGUUACAUCUCAAUUUCAAUAAUGAUCCACAAUCAGUAGCUAAAGACUUCGUGUCAAUUCGUUUACAAUCUUUGAUAAAUGAUUGUAACAUUCAAACAGUAUUUACAUUUUAUGUUCUAAGCGAGGCAAAAAGAAGAAUUAACUUACGAACUUCGGCGCACGUAUUUAAAAGCAAUAGAACUUGUUAUGAGAUUCCAGAUUAUAUAGAAAAAACAGACCAAUUAAUGAUUCAAGAAGAACUUAUACCUCAUGACACCUUGACAGUUGGUGUUGAAUUGGAAAUAUUUGAUAAUACCACUGAUGUUCCAAGAAAGAAAUCAAUGAAUCAAAUGGCUCAGGAUUAUAAGCAACUUCUUGACAAUAAAACCGGCAGUGACAUUGUCCUAGCAGUGGGUGACCAGAAGUUUGAAGCUCAUAAGUCGAUCUUAAUGGCCCGCAGUCCAUUUUUUCUAGCGAUUUUUACCAGUAACAUGAAAGAAAGUAGAGAAAGUGAAAUAACUAUACCAGAAAUUAAGCCUGAAAUAUUUAAAAAAAUUUUAUACUCAAUUUACACUGAUGAAGUAACGGAAUUGGAUGAAAAUGCUGAGGAUUUGCUUGAAGCUGCUGAUCGUUUUCAGUUACUGUCGCUAAAAAAAAGGUGCGAAGAAUCUCUUUGCAAGUCUGUGACUGUUGAAAGAGCGAUUACGAUUCUAACAUUAGCAGAACGACACAGCGCAAAGCAGUUGGUAGAUUUUGUAGCUGAUUUUAUAGUAAAUAAUGGCGACAAAGUUGUCGAAACUCCUGAGUAUAACAUAAUGGAAGAAUCACAUCCAUCAUUAGUAUUGAUGUUGUUUAGAAAAUCUGUUUCAAUGAAAGGAUAUAAAUUUUAACUAUGAUGUAUGGUGAUUAAUCAUUGAGUUGUCAUUUUUUUCUACAAGAUUUAAUUCAUAAACUAAAAAGACGGACUGGGAAUCGCAUCUUCCAAUUUUUUUAUUGAAAAUUUUUAAUGGAGGCCAUUCUCAGACAGUGCCUUCCACUUUCUAGAAAUUUUGAAUGACAGCUCUCCUAAGUGCAUCAAAAUUUUAUCAAUCAAUUAAAAAAUAAUUUAAGUAUUAAUUGAAAAGAAGUCUUUGAAUUAAUUUGUCUCAUUCAAAACUUUAUGUAUAUGUAGUUUUUUUUUUUAUAUUCAUUAAUAACAAACAAAUAUAUUGUUACCCGUUUAUUCUAGUGCAAUAUACUUCUCUAGAAGUGAUAUCAUAAAUCAUAUAUUUGUAUUAAUGACAUUACAAUUGCAUACUUUAACUACUUUCUUG